CAUAUCCCGAAACUGGCUUCUGCGGAAGUGUAUGAAAGAAGAAAACAAAUAGGGGAUUUAAAAGCAGUGAAGAAUUAUCGAAAAAAAAAUUGCUUUGGAACACUGAGAUUGUUAUUGUUUGGACACUAACUGCCUUAAAAUACACCUUACUCAAGAUGGACUUCCUAUUUGGGAAAAGGAAGACUCCGGAGGAGAUGCUGAGGCAGAAUCAGAGAGCCCUUAAUCGUGCCAUGAGAGACCUGGAUAAAGAACGCCAGAGAUUGGAGCAGCAGGAGAAGAAAAUCAUUGCUGAUAUUAAGAAAAUGGCCAAACAGGGACAGAUGGAUGCUGUCAAGAUAAUGGCUAAGGACCUGGUUCGCACAAGGCGAUAUGUUAAGAAAUUUAUCAUGAUGAGGGCAAAUAUCCAGGCAGUCAGUUUAAAGAUCCAGACACUCAAAUCAAACAACAGUAUGGCCCAGGCAAUGAAAGGAGUCACCAAAGCCAUGGCAACCAUGAACAGACAGUUGAAGCUGCCACAGAUUCAAAAGAUCAUGAUGGAUUUUGAACGACAGAGUGAAAUAAUGGACAUGAAGGAAGAGAUGAUGAAUGAUGCUAUAGACGAUGCUAUGGGUGACGAAGACGACGAGGAUGAAACUGACGCUGUUGUGUCUCAAGUCCUGGACGAACUGGGCCUCAAUCUCUCCGACGAACUUUCAAAUCUGCCAGCCACUGGAGGUAGCUUAUCAGCCGCAGGGGCAAAGAAAGCAGAGCCCCAAGCUGCUCUGGCAGAUGCUGACGCCGAUCUGGAGGAGAGACUCAACAACCUCAGAAGGGACUGAGAAUGGAGCGGGUGACAGAGACCAGCACUUGGGCUUGAGUGUCAAUACAGAUCCAGAAGUAUACUUUUGUGUAUCUCUAUCAUUUCUUUGGGAAGGGAGUUGGAGCACCAUUGAAAUGGUUCAGUAAGAAAUCUGUUGUUAAGGUCUAUGGCUUUUUUUGUUUUUUGAUUGUUUUAUUACUUGUGUGCAGUAUGUAUAUUUUAUCAUCAAAUACAUUAUGCAUACCUGAUUGUACUUGUAAAAAAGAAAUACAACAUAUAUAUAUAUAUAUAUAUAUAUAUAUAUAUAUGCUGAACAAUUGCCAAACAAAAUGUUCAAUUUGAAGGACAAAUUUAAUAAAGUUAGGGUAAAUUCCCACACCCAAUGAUAUGUUAUUUACACUCUUAAGAAGAACACUAAUCAUGACAAGUAAAUAAUCCAAAGUCAGUGACAUUUGAUUAUAUCAGGUUUUGUAUGUUAUUUUUUGUGUGCAGUGAUCAAUACAUUUGCAUAACCUUAGCUUUAUUGUGGUGUGCCUAUUAUGGGUGUACACUUGGUAAGAUAUUAACAAAUGAUUAACAUCAUGGUUAUGUAAUGAUGUUCUGUCUGAUUUGUUUGCUUUAGAUUUCUUUUUUUCUUGUGCUGAUGUACAGAAGAUUGGAACUAUAACAAUGGCUGAUGGGAGGGGUUGGUCAGAAAGCGGUUUGGCUAGAUGAUCAUUACUUUCUGAUCGGGGACUUUCUGGGACUUCAACAACACAAGUCAAUGAAUUUCACAUCGAAAUUAGAGUGGGCACAGAUGUACUAUGUGUUUUCAUAGACAAACAAAACGGGCACUCCAUAAUGUGCCUAGUAAGUCUACUGGUCCUUUAUAUUAAUCCUGGGUUUUGGUGUUUGGCAAAAUUCUUAUCAAAGUUUGAUAAGGAGGUAGUUUAUAUUUUUGAGAACUUAAAAGAUCUUUUUGCCUUCCUUUAUCCAAUAAACUUUUUUUCACAUUUGACAUGAAA